GUGCUCCACUUCAAGUUAGAGAAGGGAUGAACAAUUGUAUCUGGCUUUCCAUAAGUAUCGGAUAUCUCUCUGUUGCUUGUGUAACGUUUGCAGCAAGCAACAAGCCCAGUUGGCUACAAAUUUGCUUAUGCCACUAUUUUUUGUCUACCUGUUUUCUUUAUUCUAGGCUGCUGGCAUGCAGUCAACUUUUAGCACAAACUAAUGAUCAUCUACCAAAUGAUAUCUUCAAUUUGAGGAAAAGGUAGAUCAUGGUGCAUUAUCAGGAUUCUUCCGUAACGAUAUUGAUAAGCUGAAGUUUUUAGCUAGCUAACGUUAAUUGUGAUGCUUUAGAUUGUGUGAGAUUUAGUUCAACAUGUCAAGCAGCCGUUAAUGCCCACCAAAAUUUAUGGAUAUCUUGAUUUUACAGUACGAAAUAGGGGAUUUACUUAUCCUGCAGGCAAAGCAGCAUUUAAUUUCUUGGAAAACAAUUAAUAGGACUGAAGAAAUUCUGUCGAGGAAUUAAAUAGAUGCUAUUUCCUAUUUUUCCCCUGUGUACUCUUUUGCUCAAGGAGUUUGAAGUUUUCUAGCAGCUUUCAUAAUGGGGCUGCUAGAUUUAUCCUUGGUUGCUUCCAUACCUGUUGUGAAGGUGCUCUUGAUUUGUGCACUUGGCUCAUUUCUUGCUUUGGAUCAUAUAGACAUCUUGGGAGACAGUGCCAGGAAGGAGCUGAAUAAUAUGGUGUUUUUUGUAUUCAACCCAGCGCUUGUCUCUAGCAAUCUGGCUCAAACAAUUACCUCGGAGAACAUCAUAUCGUUGUGGUUCAUGCCGCUGAACAUCUUGCUGACUUACAUUGUUGGCUCAUUUCUUGGAUGGGAAAUUAACAAAAUCACUAAAUCUCCUCAACAUUUGAAAGGCCUUGUAAUGGGUUUAUGUGCAGCAGGAAACUUGGGGAGUCUGCCUUUUGUUCUCGUCCCAGCAAUAUGCCGUGAAAAGGGCAGUCCAUUUGGAGCACCAGAGAGCUGCCAUAAGUAUGCGAUGGCUUAUGUUUCUCUUUCUAUGGCGAUAGGAGCCAUUUAUCUGUGGUCUAUUGUUUACAACACUGUUCGCGUAUCAUCAACUAUGAUCAAUGAAGUUAUAAAUGUGAACAAUGCAAAUUUUGAUGAAGAAACCUCAAAGGCCCUUCAAGAGCAGAUAGACUGUGAGUUUGACUCAGAAUGCUCAUCUGCUACGGACCAUGCAAAUGAAUCUUCGCUACCAUGCGCUAAAAAUGACAAGCAAGGAAAGGUUUUGAUCCUGGACACAAUUAAGAAGCAAUUAUAUUCGUUUUUCAGAAGCAGUAAUCUGAAGGCCAUUAUUGCACCUUCAACGACUGCAGCGAUUGUUGGCUUCAUCAUCGGCUUAGUGCCCCCAGUACAGAAGUUACUCAUUGGCGCCAACGCUCCACUUCAUGUAAUCCAGGAUUCUGCUUUAUUGCUGGGAGAAGCAGCAGUUCCCAUCAUCAUGCUGACAGUGGGGGGAAACCUCCUUAAAGGUCUAAGAGGACCAGGCGUCCAGCUUUCCCUCGUUCUUGGGAUCAUUGCUGUUCGAUCUGUUGUCCUGCCUCUGAUCGGAGUUUUGGUUAUUAAAGGGGCAAUUCAUCUGGGCUUCGUGCAUGCAGAUCCAUUGUAUCAGUUUGUUCUUCUACUACACUAUGCUCUUCCCCCCGCUAUCAAUAUAGGCACAAUUACACAAUUAUUUGGAUCAGGGCAGUCAGAAUGUGCUGUAAUUUUGCUCUGGACAUACUCCGUUUCUUCAGUUACUCUAACACUUUGGUCAACCUUUUUCAUGUGGCUCGUAGCCUAGUUUCUUGAUUUUGCAGUUGCCAAUGAUAUUGCAAGAUGUAGUCGACUAGAAUUGGCUGCAUGAGCUAAUAUAAGACCGAACCAAAUUAACAAAUACUAUCAAAAUAUCAAAUUCGUUUGUUGCACAAGCUCAUUGUGGAUGGCUUUGUCCGCUCUCUGUAUCAGAUCUAUCCCAAUUUUAAUGUUUGACAUGGAUAUUGGACUUCUUUUCCCUUUUU